AUGGCGCCUGCAAGUGCCCGCGGCCCCCUCUCCUUAAGGCGUGGCUUUACCAAUCCUACCCCUAAGACUGAAUCGGCGCGCUCCGCCUUGAAUUCGUUCACCUGCACACUGUGCAACAAAUCCUACUCGCGUCACCCCGAAUAUGAGGCUCAUAUCUCAUCGUACGACCAUCAGCAUCGCAAACGCCUGCAGGACCUCAAACAGCUUUCGCGGGAUCCAAAUGCUGCGGAGAAGGCGAGACGAGCGGAACGGAAAGCUGAUGCUGAGGCCGGUUUAAGGGUAUUAGACACCCACAAAAGUAAGUUUCCAACGAUCGGAACAGGUACCGGAAAUAAUCUUGGUUCGGGGGCCGGGGGAGGUUUCAAAAAAGGGGGGUUCAAAAGCUCCUUCACGGCAGUCAAAGGACCUGUAGCCCCAGUUGCGCCUACCAAGAAGAACGUUUUGGGAGGGGAUGACGAUGAUCAUGACGACUCCAAUAUUUCGGAAUGUGCGGUUUCAAGCAAUCGCUUUCGAAAUAGAUCAGCGAUUGGUCCUGAUUUUCAACAAAAACAGGAGGAAAGCGACACUGAAUGCGAAGUGGCCGAUGUUGAAUACUACAGUCCUCGUCAUCCUACAGGCUGCCACAACGCAUGUACUGGAUAUAGGACCGAAAAUGGAGCUGAAAUAGCAAUCGCCUGA